AGGUGUUCACAAAAUAUGGGAAAUGUUACAUGUUUAACUCAGGAGAAGACGGGCGGCCCUUGCUUACCACAGUCAAAGGGGGGACGGGCAAUGGACUGGAGAUCAUGCUGGACAUACAGCAGGAUGAAUAUUUACCAAUAUGGGGAGAAACAGAGGAAACAACAUUUGAAGCUGGAGUCAAAGUUCAGAUCCACAGCCAGUCUGAGCCGCCCUUCGUCCAAGAACUUGGGUUCGGAGUGGCCCCUGGAUUUCAGACCUUUGUCGCCACGCAGGAGCAAAGGCUGACCUACCUGCCCCCUCCAUGGGGCGAGUGUCGCUCGUCGGAUGUGGGCUUAGACUUUUUCCCCGUUUACAGUAUCACGGCAUGCAGGAUCGACUGUGAAACCCGCUACAUUGUGGAAAACUGCAACUGCAAAAUGGUUCACAUGCCAGGGGAUGCUCCUUUCUGUACUCCGGAGCAGUAUAAGGAAUGUGCCGAGCCUGCCCUGGAUUUGCUUGCGGAAAAGGACAGCAAUUACUGCAUCUGCAGGAUGCCCUGUAACCUGACCAGGUACAACAAAGAGCUCUCCAUGGUGAAGAUCCCCAGCAAGACUUCAGCCAGAUACCUGGAGAAGAAGUUUAACAAGUCUGAAAAAUACAUCUCGGAGAAUAUUCUCGUGCUGGAUAUAUUUUUUGAAGCACUCAACUAUGAGACAAUUGAGCAGAAAAAAGCCUACGAAGUGGCAGCCUUACUUGGUGACAUUGGCGGUCAGAUGGGAUUGUUCAUUGGUGCUAGUAUCCUUACAAUACUAGAGCUCUUUGAUUAUAUUUACGAGCUGAUCAAGGAGAGAUUGCUAGACCUGCUGGGCAAGGAGGAGGAGGAGGGGAGCCAUGAUGAAAACGUGAGCACGUGUGACCCCAUGCCCAAUCAUUCCGAAACCAUCAGCCACACUGUGAACGUGCCCCUGCAGACAACCCUGGGAACGCUGGAGGAAAUCGCCUGCUGACACCUCUCCGACAGCUCCAUAGUGCCAAGACCUACCGGAAGGAGACUGCACAGGAAAGCAGGGACCAAGCUCAGGUUUGCCCCAGGGGACAAGGAAGAAAAUCGCUAUGCAUUACCAAUACUCUAUAUAGAGAACUGUGUCUAUAUUAUACAUCUCUGCCAAAACCAAGCGAGAGGCACCUUGGACUUGACUUGCGUCGUCCUUUCCUGUGGGGGGGGUCGUCUUCGGGAUCUGAAGACACACUCGUUUUUGAACUGUACAGACCAACACAACCCAGCAGACCACCCUGUCACGUACUGCCGACUGUAUAAAGCACUUGCAUGCCGAUACUUUUUAUGGCGCUAUAUCCUCGCUGUCUUUAUAAGCUCUGUUCCUCUGUACAGGCUCUGAUUUUCACUACCACAAAGGGAUUUUGCAGGCUCAUCCGUCCCUGAACUCACCAUUAUCUAGACUGCAUUAGAAUAAAGAAACAAACAUGCAACUCUGGGACUCUCCUUUCCUCCUUGUCCUGUUUGCUAGGCCUGGUCCCCAGAGGCUAAGCCAUGCCGAGGGGGCCAGCCCUGGGGGAGCGACCGUUGGCUAACGGGGAACGGGACGCGCAGUCUGACUUCCUGCCCCGAGGGACGCGCCCUGGCUACUGUGUCGUGCUACUCGGUCUGUCCCGCGGCUCAUGCAGCCUGGGGCGGGGGCGGCAGGAGGGAGCGCUGGGUUAUUUUGCAUUGGUC